GAAUCUGGAUAUAUAGAGGUCGAAGGCCCAUCCUUGUAGCUCAUCUCCAUGAAAAGCGAGCACAACUCAAUAGGAGCACGAACGCCAGAGGCAGCAUCAGCUUCCCCAUCCCGGAACAACGGAAGAAUUAUCACAGGGCGGAAAGCUGCCAAAAGAGACGGGGUGAUAAACAAGAGGGGCCUGGUGUGGAGGUGACGUGGUGGGGGUGGUGAGGAGAGGCAAAGCCGAAAGGAGAGUACCCGGGGACCGCUUUUUUUCCCGGAAUCCUUUUUCUUUUCGGACCACAAGCCUUUCAAGCCAAGCAAAUUUAAGCUUGCACGCUUUGAUUCUGACUCGAGAGCCUGUACCUAUCGGUUUCUCAGCCACACCCCACUUAUACUCAGCCGUCAAGAACCACUGGUGCAGAUGCAACGCACCCGCGUCUUCUGAUUAGUUGGCAAGUCGAACGAGAGGUGCGCGGCGGAACAUGGGUUGUUGAUCGAUCGUGGGGGCGAUUCGGAAUGCUUGGAAAAAUGCCUCCUUUCGACCUCAGAGACUUGCAAGAGAAUCUCUCGACCCAGCUGAGACCUUGGCAACGUUCCUUCCAGUUCUGGGUGCGAGCGGUUGAUAUCUACACCGGUUACAAGGUUUUCCAAGUGCGAGCGAGUUUUGAGAAGGAUAAGCACAAACAGGAGGCAAUGUGGGAGAGGCAACACGAACUUGCGGCUGACAAGAUAUAUGCUAUGUGCGCCGACCUUGGUGGGUUCUUCCUUAAGGUAGCCCAAAUCAUCGGGAAGCCCGACUUGGCCCCAGCUGCAUGGGUCAGAAGACUUGUUACACUAUGUGAUCACGCUCCUGCGACACCUAUUGAUGUUGUUCAGUUGGUGCUGGAGAGAGAGUUGGGAAGAAACCCGGGAGAAAUGUUCGAAAAAUUUGACAUAGAUCCUCUUGGUUCUGCUUCUAUUGCACAGGUACAUCUGGCCAGACUGAAAGGCGAUAAGAGUGAUGUAGUUGUGAAGGUGCAACAUCCUGGAGUUCAGGAGCUGAUGAUGACAGAUAUCCGCAACUUGCAAGCAUUUGCUUUGUACAUGCAGAAGACAGACAUUAAAUUUGAUCUUUACUCAGUUAUGAAAGAAAUGGAGAAGCAGAUUGGUUACGAGUUUGAUUUCAUGCGGGAGGCUCAUGCCAUGGAAAGAAUUAGACGUUUUCUGUUGGAGCAUAAUAAAAGAUCUCCUGUAUUGGUCCCGCGGGUCGUGAGAAACCUGGUCACAAGGAGGGUUUUAGUGAUGGAAUACAUUGAUGGAAUUCCCAUCAUGAAUCUUGGUGAGGAAAUUGCAAAAAGAGGAAUAAAUCCACAUGGCAAAGUUGCAGCAGCAGCAAAGCAGAACAUCCUUAGCAGUUUGACACAAGCAUAUGGUCAAAUGAUUCUGAAGAGUGGCUUCUUCCAUGCAGACCCUCAUCCUGGAAAUAUUCUCAUUUGCAAAGGUUCACAGGUGGCCUUGCUGGACUAUGGGCAAGUGAAGGAUCUCCCAGAUAAGCUGAGACUGGGAUAUGCUAAUAUGGUUCUUGCUAUUGCGAAUCGUGACCCUGUGAGGGUGUCUGAGAGCUACAGGGAGCUGGGCAUAGAUACGUUAAGCAAUUGCCAAAAUGAACAGCAGGAAUUGUUGAGAUUGGCAGAGACGAUGUUUGAUACAAAGUUGCCUCCUGGUGUUGUGAUGCUGCAACCGUUCUCUGAGGAAUCUUCUAUAAAAAAAAUUGCUGUUAAGGCUUUUCCAGAGGAGCUAUUCUCUGUCCUUCGGACAGUGCAUCUGUUAAGAGGUCUGAGCGUCGGUCUCGGAAUCAACUACUCAUGUGCUGACCAGUGGCGACCCUUCGCAGAAGAAGCUUUGAUUGCUGCUGGAAGAUUAAAAGGAACUGAUUUUAAGCCUCGAAGCCGAAGCCGUAGACGCAGUUUGAUGAAGAGAUUGUUUUGGAGAGGAUGAGCAACUACAAGAGGGAGUUCGAUCAGAAACUGAUUAUUAACAGGUUUAAUGGGUCAGUAAUUUUUGGUGUACCUUGGUCCAUGCUAUCUAAUUUUCCUGUGUAAAAAGACACCAUUUUUUUUUUUUUUUUUGGGUAUAAGCACUGUUCUUUUAUCCUGUAAUUUUCUUUCCAGACAGAACUUGGCCGGUUUUUCCAGUUUCAUUUCGCCUUGAUGAUGCACUUUCUUCUUAACAGAUAGCAAAAUGCAUCAUAAUAAUUUUACGUUUUCUUUUUU